CCUUGACAACUUUUAUCAUCGUCCACUGUUAUUCCAGCGUCGUCACACCCAAGUUUAGACGUGGAGAGUCAUUCGGCGUUAACACAACAUCGAAGGAAAAGAUUUUUCCAGCGCUAAGUUUUGUAAUCUUAAUAAUACCUAAAUUUGGUAGCAGAAAUACAACAGUAUUUGCUAGCAGAGCAUAUAAUGGCAGACUACAGAAACCGAGCAGGAUCUGUCGUUCCGUAACCACACAUUAAAGUAUAAACUUUUCAGCAAGCUGUCAUGGAAGCGCACGCACGUGCUCCAGACCCGCUGACAAAUGUCGGCAACAUGACCAACAAUUGGCAUAGCUGGAUAGAGGAUUUCAUCAUAUUUAUGAAAGUAACAGGAUAUAUCGAUAAACCCAAUGAGAUCCGUGCGAAUCUUUUAAAAAAUCGGAUUGGUAAAGUUGGCAUUGAUGUGAUACAAAAUAUGUCAUUUGACAAUCCGCAAGAUAAAGACGAUAUGGAUAUAAUAGUAAAAAAACUCGAGGAACACUUUAACCCACCAAAAAACGAAGUGAUCGAGCGAUAUCAGUUUUUUACAAAGUGUAAAAACCCAAACCAAACCAUCGAACAGUAUAUAAACAACUUGAAAGAGAAGGCCAAAACCUGCAAUUUCAAAGAAAUGACGGAUAGUCUUAUACGAGACAGAAUCAUUCUCGACACAAAUGACAAAAUACUUCGUAAAAAGUACUUCGAAGCAUCCAAUUUGGAUUUGCAGAAACUAGUAGCGAUUUAUAACGACUACCAUACCAAUAUCGAAAAGAUGAAGCUUGUCAGUCAAGAAAAUCAAGCAGAAUCUACUAGUUCGAUCAAAUCAAAGCCGAUAGAUCAUGUAGUGAAAGGAUGUUGUUGGAGAUGUGGUCUUUACCACCCACAAAAGAAGUGUCCUGCUUGGGGAUCAAAGUGCACAAAAUGUGGCGAUGUCAAUCACUUUACUCAGUGUUGCAGGGGCCUUAAACCUAACCCAAACAACAGCAAGGCACAAUUUUUUAUGCCGCAGACAAAUAAAAACAUACUGGACCCAAUGCAACCGCAAGCAAAAAAUAUUUCAAAGAGAAAUGAAGAAUUACGGAAUAAUUCAGCAGACUCUUCAGUUACAAUUACAAUUACGGAUCCGACAAGUGAAACGACUUUUCCGGAUAUUCCGACAAAUUCAGUCUUCGGCAGUAGCGCAUCUUGUGACGAUACUUUUGCUUUAAUGUUGCAUUUGUUAGACGCAUGUAGCACAGACUCAAGUUUACAUCAUAAUAAUACUGCUAAUCCAUCGACAAAAUUACAUGAAAAAUCACAAUAUAGUCAUUUAAAUAUGAGUGAAACCAAAUUGGAUUUGACACUCGACUUACAUAAUAAGGACAAAAAGAAUGAGCCUAAAACAAUACACGCGGAAACAACUUGUGAGAAAUGGAACAAUAUCUCCUUGAGAAAUAUUUCGAUAGAAAACAUUAUAUGUAACAAUCAUAACGAGGAAUCGGACGAAGGGUGCACCACGCUUGGCGCUACGAAUGCCUUACAGCGUUUGCAAUACAGUCCAUUAAUGAUAUUCUUAUUGACGAUGUUACAUAUGUUACGGCAAAUUUUAAUUCGUCAAACAGACUAUGUCAAAAAACACUUGAUUGAUAUUCUGAACAUGUUUGUAAAUAUUAUAUUUUGUAGUUAUAUUUCACGAUAUCGUAAUUUGCAGUAAACAUUCGUCUUAUAUAACACGUAUUAGUUUCAACAGUUGCAAUAAGAACUUUUUGAUACGCGUCUUCUGAAAGUAAGAAACAAAAUAAGUUAAUAUCUUAAUACAAAUGAUAAAUUCACUUUUCCCGAUGUAAUGUCAUAAAGCUUCCUUGAUGCAUCUAAUAGGAAUGGUGAGGUAAUUUUUUUUCAUGCAUCAUGAGCUCGUAUCAAUAAUCUUGUAAUUAUGUAUACAUCUGCAAUCCCCUCAAUUUAAAUAAGAUGAAAGAAACACGUUUAACCUGUGAAGUAUAUUUACUAUUUGGAUUUACAUCUUUGCUACCUUACAUUUAAUUUUUCAAUUCUAUUUUUUAUAAAACUCUAGAGAGAGAUAUCGAGAUUUUUUGUCAAUCACCGCAUAUGCGCAACGAUUUGCGAAAUGAUUGAUACGUAUCUACGAUACACGUAAUUCUAGUUUUCAUAUUACUUAUAUACACUGUAAAUUUUUGGGCUGUAAGACAAAAUUCGUAAUAGAAAAUACAUUAUGCUCUCUCAA